AGGGGAUCCAAGCAACAGCAGUAGGAAAGAGGAGGAAGCAGGGAUGGCCGAGUCACACCUCUGAAGCAUUCAAAAAGCCCAAAGGAUGAGAACCUCGAUGACCUUUCUAGUCUGAACUGGCUUCAAACCAGACUGAGGGGAAUCGUCUACUGUUCAAACAACUAGGUGGCCCAUGGCUGCCACCACCACUCCUGUCAAGUCACAACUUCAAAGGAUUUACUCCCCUAUGGUGUUCUGAGAAACGAAAAAGAGAAAAGAAACCGCUUGGAUCACAGUGAUUUAUUUGUGAAGUAAAAUACUUGUAAAUGUAUAGGCCUACACAGGUAUGUAUCAACGGGUGUGUUUAUAAAGGCCAUCUCCUACUCUUAUCCCUCUCCACACCUACUUGUCGGUUGACCGCUUUUUUGAGGGAAAACUCCAAACAAACCAGGGAGAGUGACAGUUGGGGCGUUGCGGUCCCAUGAGAGACUCCGCAGGGGGACCGACAACCACGUCCACGCCAUGAGUAGUACUUUAGGUAACAAAGACAAAGACUGGAAAGAGAAGGACCUGAAAGGAGGUCCGACAGGAGGGAAAGAAAGGGAAAAAGAGGCCAAGGCUCUGGCUGGCUUAGGCGGCAAAGAUGGCGGCAAGGAGCCCAAGGCCAAAGGGAAAGACGCCAAAGAAGGAAAGAAGGAUGCCGGUUCCGCGUCGCCCGCCGUCGCCUUCUCCGUGGACAACACGAUAAAGAGGCCCAACCCGGCGCCAGGGACCCGCAAGAAGUCCAGCAAUGCCGAGGUGAUCAAAGAGCUCAACAAGUGCCGUGAGGAGAACUCCAUGCGUCUGGACCUGUCCAAGCGUUCCAUCCACAUAUUACCCACCUCCAUAAAGGAACUCACCCAGCUGGCUGAGCUCUACCUGUACAGCAACAAGCUCCAGAGCCUCCCCUCAGAGGUGGGCUGCCUGUCUGGCCUGGUCACCUUAGCCCUGAGUGAGAACUCUCUAACCAGCCUACCAGAGUCCUUGGACUCCCUGAAGAAGUUGAGGAUGCUGGACCUGCGGCAUAACAAACUGAGGGAGAUACCGGCGGUGGUUUACCGGGUGACGUCGCUGACCACGCUGUACCUGAGGUUCAACCGGAUCACGGCGGUGGAGAGGGACAUCCGGAACCUGGCGAAGUUGACCAUGCUCAGCAUCCGUGAGAACAAGAUCAAACAGCUGCCCGCCGAGAUAGGGGAGCUCUGUAACCUCAUCACCCUAGACGUAGCCCAUAACCAGCUGGAACACCUACCCAAGGAGAUCGGCAACUGCACACAGAUCACCAACCUCGACCUACAGCACAACGAGCUACUGGACCUACCAGAAACUAUAGGUAACUUGUCAAGCAUAAACCGCUUGGGUCUGCGGUACAACCGGUUGUCAGCCAUCCCCAGGUCGCUAGCUAAGUGCAGAGAACUGGAAGAGCUCAACCUAGAAAACAACAACAUCUCCGUGUUGCCAGAAGGUCUCCUGUCUAGUCUGGUGAAUCUGACCAGUCUAACCCUGGCGAGGAACUGUUUCCAGUCCUACCCGGUGGGAGGGCCCUCCCAGUUCUCCACCAUCUACUCUCUCAACAUGGAGCACAACCGCAUUAACAAGAUCCCCUUCGGAAUCUUCUCCAGGGCCAAAGUCCUCAGCAAACUCAACAUGAAGGACAACCAGUUGACGUCUCUGCCGCUAGACUUUGGCACGUGGACCAGUAUGGUGGAGCUCAACCUGGCCACUAAUCAGCUGACAAAGAUCCCCGAGGACAUCUGCGGACUCGUUUCGCUCGAGGUCUUGAUAUUGUCCAACAAUCUUCUCAAGAAGUUGCCACAUGGUAUUGGCAACCUGAGGAAACUACGGGAGCUCGACUUGGAGGAGAACAAGUUGGAAUCGCUCCCGAAUGAAAUUGCUUACCUGAAAGAUUUACAGAAACUAGUGUUGACCAAUAAUCAGCUGACCACGUUGCCCCGUGGGAUCGGUCACCUCACCAACCUGACCCACCUGGGUCUGGGAGAGAACCUGCUGCAGCACCUGCCGGAGGAGAUUGGUACACUGGAGAACCUGGAGGAGCUGUACCUCAACGACAACCCCAACCUGCACAGCCUCCCAUUUGAGCUGGCCCUGUGCAGCAAGCUGUCCAUCAUGAGCAUCGAGAACUGUCCCCUCAGCCACCUGCCCCCACAGAUCGUGGCCGGGGGCCCCUCCUUCAUUAUCCAGUUCCUCAAAAUGCAGGGGCCCUACCGUGCCAUGGUCUGAUAGGGCCCGGAGUCCCAAGAUUUUGGUCUGAGGGCCCGGAGGGAGGCCAUGGUCUGAGAGCUGAUAUGAUGGCUGAAUGACCAGGUCCAUGGUGUUAAAGGCCCACGCAAGGCCCAUGAUCUGACAACAGACCACGCCCGUAAUCGGAUAGGCCACGCCAAUGUUCUGAAGGCCGACGCCCACCCACUCAGACACCCCACCCAAUCCCUUACCUAUCCAACUACGUGUGUCGUACACUGUAAAAAACAACAACAACAACAUCAUAACAACAACAAAAACAAACUAAAUGUACAAAAAGAGAGGAGUAGGAAGACAUUUUCGGUUCAUACAUUAUCUAUCUAUAUGAGGAAAAAACUAAACAAACAAGUACAUUUAUAUUGAGACUGUGCUCCAGCGUUUCUGUUGAGGAAUCAUAGCCAUUUAGAAGGCCAACUUCCCCAAUAUUUUAUUCCCGAAUCAUGUAAGAAGACAAAACUUAAAGGGUCAUUGCACCACUUUUUUACAUUCAUUAACUCCAGCACAAUACAAUACAUAAUCUGUUUGCAUACAUAUGAAGACACUGGUAUAGCACUGGAGGUAAUGAAUAGGAGGUUAAAAAGUGGUGGAAUUCCCCUUUAAUAUAUCUCUACCACUCUUUUGCCAAAACGGAUCAUGUAUAUUGAGUAACAGUGCGCUAAAGUGGCUAUGAUUCUUUUAACAUAUAAACCAUAUUCCCAAUGCGAACGCAUUUACAGUAAUUAGGUAUAUGUAUAUUAGGAGAGCUUAGGAUACAACUAUUGUAUGCAAAAACAAAAUAAUAUUUGAAACUUUAAUUUUUACUGCUGCUGCCAUUAUCAAUGUUCAUUUUGUCAUGUCUUUUUCUUUUUGAUAUAUAUAUAUAUAUACUUUUUUUUUUUCCACUCGACUAAAGAUUUGUGUUAUCGUGAGGUUUGAGGUUAAAGAACAAAGGUCUAAUGUUGAUGUUUUUAAUUUCACAUUAAUAUGUAAAAAAAUAGUGCCUAUAUGUCCAGGAUGGUCCACUGGUUUUCCGACGCUCUAAACACAAUUGACCAUGAAUAUUAUACAAAGGUAUAAUUUAUUUUAACUAAUUUUCUUCCUAGAAUUAUGAUUUGUUUAAAAAUAAAUGUUUUUACAUUUAUUUUAUAUUAGUUCUAUCAUUGUUGGAUGACAAUGAUUCUAUAAAAGAAAGCGAUAAAGAUACAGUAUAAAUUCGAAUCAAUGGCUUUCGGAGGUUUUAAAAUAAAAAAUAAGCAGUAAUCUUUAAACAGUAAGCUAGUAAUAUAUAAAAUAAAUGCGAAAUCUUUAAUGCUUAAAAAAAGGACUUAGCAAGUUUGACUCAAACCUUUCCAAAAUGGGCAGUAAUGUUGCCCUCAUGUUUAAGAUAUUCAACUUAUUAUUUUUUAUUUUUUGAAAAAGUAUUGAAAACUGUAAAAAGACAUAAGUGAUCUGUAGUGAUUUUUUUUAUAUUCUAUAAAUACUGAUUGUUGCCUUGAGUGCAAUUGAGUCAUUGUAAUGUUAACGUUUUUGCUAUAUCUUCAGUGUUGGGGCUCCGUUACUGUCAUACAACGUGGAAACGAUCGACCAACAACAACAUAUCAGGAACGUUGAAGGAAAGGUGUCAAUAUAACUAAUGACUAACGUUGCCAUGGUUACGGUCAUUAAGGUAUGCCAAAAACAUGAAUCAAACCCCAUAAUUGUCAUUUUACAUCCAGUUUCUUCGACUGCUUUUUAGUACGCUUCUUCACGAGAUCUGAAAGUUGAAGUAUUGCUCAGCUUCUUUCUUUUUUUUGUCCCACACUGUCCCAGCAAUGAUGCUGUUCUUAUGCACUUUCUAAAUGACAUUGGCAUCAUCCUCUUUUAACAAUGACAAUAUCCUUAUCUCCAUGGUUACGUUGAACUGGGGCAUUUUUGUUUCACAGUGAAUAAGUAUUUUAUCUCUUUGAACAGUUUAUCAUGUACAUUUUAUAAUAGUGUCAAAUGAAUAUUAAGGAUGGGAUAACAAGCUCAAAAGAAAUCUAAACUAGUAAGUAUGUGGAGCGUCAAAUUCAGACGUUUUGGCUUUUGUUCUUUCAAUCUUGAUGGAAAAUAUUAGCUUGAACUGUGUAUGUCCAAUAAGGGCCUGUUGAUAUGUUUAAAGAUGUAUUAAAGUACCCCAUAUCUUGCUCAUAUGUACUACAAGCUAAAUGUUUUGUCAAAUUAUUGCAAUUCAUUGAGAUCCACAUUGUAAAAUGUAAAUCAUUUUCUGUUACUACUUUUUUUUUUUAUGACACUGUAUUGGGUUAGUAUUAUAUCACGUGACUGUACAUUAAAAUCCCAACUAAGGUAAAUCAAACCAAAAGCUUUUUUGGUUUUGGAAACAAACGUGUUGCGUCCAAGCUUUGUACUCGAUCAUCUUUUAGUAUUUAUUUUUAAUCAAGUGUGGGUCUAGUUUUUUGGCAGCAGUUUACGAUUAAGGUUUUGAUGUGGGUUGUGGACUGGUAAGAAAAAAACUAGGCCUGGGCAGAGCACACACCCGGACAAAAUGUAUUGCUGCUUCUAAUCCUACCAGCAGAACCUGUUGCUGCUUGAAAAAUAUGCUGUAAACAAUUGAUGAGGGGGGAGUGAGAUCUAUCCUAAACAAAAACAACAACAUCGAUACAGGCUCGAUACAGAAGACUUGUACAGUAGCUUGGCUGGGAAAAUUCAUUGACCUCUGAGUUUGGAGUCACAUGAGAUCUGGUGGUUUUCAAACAGAUCAAAUUGUUUGGACCGACGUACAACAAGGAAAAACUAAGGUGCAUAUUUGAGCCUAUAACGACGCAGUUACAACACAACUUUUUUUGGAAAGACCAAAAAAUGUAAAAAGGGCUUUCUUCUCGUUCACGCUCAAAGAAUACCAACAGAGGCAUUGCAUUCCUGGUUUUAUAUAUUUUUUAAAGCUUCGGAAGAAAUGAAAAAUAAAAAAACUAAUGUACUUUUUUGGGGGAAUGGUUGUGUAUUUACGUUUUAGCUAUAAACAAAAUGGAAUCAUUAUGUGAAAAUGCCUUCAGUGAGUAGUUAAAAGUGAGAUGUGCAUUAGGGUAUGCAGCGAGAGAAAGGCUGUUAUCCUGUAUAAUGUUGAGUCUUUGUUUUUGUUCAUACAUUUUAAUCUAUGUGCCAUUUGCGAUUGAGGGGUGAAUUACUGAUGUAUGUGUAGAGAACCUGAGACAUAAUCAUUAUCGUUCAGAAAAGCAUUGAUCAAAAACAAGGAAUGUAAGUUAAAACAUGCUUUUUGAAAAAAAAUGUAUAACUUAGUCUAGGUUCGGGGGUGGUCAUAUUUUGGACUCUUAUAUCUGAGGUUGAUGACGAUGAAGAGGUAUUGUUCUGAUGCAUUCUAAUGAUUUUUCAAUUGUCUGAUUUCAGUUCAUAGAAAGUGUGUAAUAAUCAUGGGCAUUUUGUUCCUUUUAUCGUCUUUUUUUUAUUAUUGUACAAAAAUGUCUUGUGUGUCUCAAUCCUUUUUCUUGACUGGCUAUGUUGUAUAGGAAACCAAGCAUGUUGAAAAAUAAUUUGACAUGGUUUUUUGUCUGGGUCGGAACUACGUUGGGGCAGCGAUUCGUUGUAUAAGUAACACCAGAUAAUGUUGCCACUAUUUGGUAUCUGCAAAGAUGUUUCCUGUAGAUUUUUUUGUACAUUUCACAGUAUCUGAAACAUUGUGUAGCCAGCGACGCUUUAGCUACAUAUUCUUUAUCAAGCAGCCUUUUAACUGUUAAAAACCUUUUUGUUAUUUACCCUUCUUUGUGUCUAUGGUCUGUGACUGUAGUAGGUAACUUUCACUUUCUGUUCUCUCUUCCUUUCUAGCUCUGUACAUGUAUAUUUUAACCUGAAAUGAUGAUUAAUUGACAGUUCACAUAAGCACUCUCCAAACUGAAUUCUGUGUUCAGUUUCAUUAUUCUGGAACACUUUGGUAGUGAUCAAUAGUGAAACAACACAAUUCAGUUCGGCUUCCAGGCUAGCUACCCCAAACUAUCCCUAUACCAGUGCUCUCCAUCCCUGUACCUGGAGCGCCACCGUCCUGUAGGCUUUCGCGCCAACCAUAAUCUAGCGCACCUAUGUUCCAGAACUGAAGGUUCUCUUUUCUGUCUAAACCAAUAUAUGAGUACAGUAUAUGCAGACGUGACUACCUAGACGUGAGUCUGCAUUGCUGACUACGGUGGCCACCAUUGUACAAGUUGAGGAGUAUAUAAGAUCAUUGUUCUUAAAGUUGUGGUGGUAGGGGAUUGGAAAAAUGGUUUCUCUGACAUUUUGACAUGAGACAUGAUGACAUGACACAUUUAUUUGACCUUAACAUCAUACUUUUCAGUACUGAGACACAUGCCUUUACUAAGUAUUACUUGGCAAAUGAAAUUAGAAAAAUGAUUUGUUUGCUUGGUAUGUAAAUUACACAAUUAUUAAUCAAAGCCGACCCAUUGUAAAGAAAAUUAUUCAGACCCCUAAGUUUGCAAAAUAAUGACAUUUUGCAAAAUGGGGGGAAAACUGCAAUGUUUGGUGACAUUCUGCAUGUACAUCUUUUGAACUAAUAAACCUAUAAACAUUUACAAAUUGAAGAAAAAAAAAGUGGAAAAAAUAUAGUAUCUUGUAACUUUUUUUUUCUUGUGCUUUCACCAAAAAGUACUGCAAAAUGAACAUGGUUGGUUGUUGCCAGUCACAUUUAGAGAGCAGAACAGAGCUGCCUAUGUCCUCAAGUAAUUCCUAUUUUUGUCUUUGUUGCUUUUUUCUUCUCUGUAACUGAAUUUGUAUUGCUUUUAAAAACUCAUGAAGCAGCAUUUAAGCCAAGAGUCCUGUACAGUUUUACCUUUGACCUUUUAGCAAUGAUUUGCACAAGCACAGCGAGGGCACAAUUUAAAAAUCCCAAUCAUACAGAAGAGAAUGGCAAUUAGGCUGUUUACACAGGCAGCCCAAUUCUGAUAUUAAUUGGUCUUUUGACCAAUCACAUGAGAUCUUUUCACAUCAGCUCUUUUUCAGAGCUAAUCUGAUUGGUCAAAAUACCAAUUUGUGAAAAAAUAUCUGCGUCUCAAAGUAAGAGUGCUGAUGUAGGAUCAGUUUCGCCUUUUAGAUCACAAUGAAUAAGAUUUUAUGGACAGGUGGGGACCUGAUCUUAGAUCAGCACUCCUACUGUGAAAUGAGUUUUGAACACUGGCCCAGGGUCCCACCUGUCCAUGUAAUCUUAUUCAGUAUGAUCUAAAGGGCAAAACUGACCCUAGAUCAGCAGUCCACCUACUCUGGAACACUUGAUACGGUGCCCAGACUUGUUGCCUGAAGCUAAAUGAAAAACUAAACUCAUAUAGGCUUUGGAUUGUUGCGAUACUGUCUGGGCCCAGAAUGUUUUUGGGCUACGUAGAUUCUAGAAGCACCUGACUAGCUACAUUAUCCAGCCCUAGCUAUAUUGUCUGACCCUUUUGCUAAGUACAUUCAAGAUCUCUCCCUCUCUGCCUAUUAUACACAGCAGUAUCAGCUGGAGACCUUUGAACAGUAUCUUGUGUGUUAGUCAGCAGGGAUCCAUUUCAAUUCGGUAAAUUCCUGAUGUUUGCUAAAAUUCUCAUAGAGGAGCAUUGAGGGAAAUCUGAUUUUAUUUUAUUUUAUUGUACUUCUUGACUGAAUUGAACAUGUAAUUGACUCUAAUCCUGUUAGUCAGUUAACCCCCCACCCAAAAACAGUUGAAAUGUAGUGUUGUGCCUUUUUUAAUAAGUUCAGACCUGGGCUGUUCUCUCUCAAAUUUAUCUUUUGUACCUAGAAAAACGUGUCAUUUUUGUGUCAUUUGAUGUCAUUCGAGUGUACAAACUACCAUUUUAGAAUUUUCUGAUGUUUGUAUAUUACUCCUGUCAUGCCUGCACAAUGCUUUGGUUUUGAUUUUAUAUUUUGGAGGUUUUCCCACUAUUUUGUCAAAUUGUGGAAUUUGAGCUCUGAAAAAAAAUUAUAAAUGUACUUUUAAUCCAAUUAAUUGUAAUGUGCAGUUCAUGUUACUUCUUCAAUAUAAAGAAAAUGGUUGCCCUG